UAUCAAAAUAAGCAGGGAAAUUAGCUGUACUGAUGGAUAAUUGUUAGACUCUCACGUGGGAGACAGGAAGGAAGGAAAGUAAAGAGAUCGGACAAGGUGAGCCCUCGAAAGGCGAACCCCUCGGACUCGGAAGGUCUGGCGACAUCAGAUCAGCUCCCCUGCAGCUCCCUGACGCGCCACAGAAUCUGACGCUGCAUCCGCAUUUCCUCCUGCAGCCCACCUUCUCCUGCAGCCUCGCACGCAGACGACUGCGACGCUUCCGACCGCGGCGUAGGGGCGACCACGUGACGUGUUAAGUAACGGCCGCGCCUCACGCCAGCCUUCCCGCCAUGCAACGGCCUCAGGUAUGCCCGCGCAUGCGCAAUCACGCAGGCACGCACACGCGCACGCACAGACGCACAAAACCAUCACCGCUACAAAUGAAUUAGAAGUCGUUGCUGCAGCUUCUGCUGUUACUGUCGCGGAAACGGCCAAGCGAAGACAACUCUCGUAAUGGCCAAGCGAAGACAACUCUCGUAAUGGCCAAGUGAAGACAAGUCGUAAGACUCAGGAUUUUGUGGCGACGACGACGGUUGGGGGGUGGACGGAGUGACGACCCACGCGAGGCACGUGCGCCUGUGCUGAUGGAUAACGACAUCGCAGACACUCCCAACGCCCAACCUUGCGUGUACACACUCGUCCGUUGCUGCUGAGUGAUGUCGCUUUGCUUGCCGACCUGCAAUUUCUCCUAAAUCUCCUGACUCCUUGAUAACAACGAGGAGCGACUCCGACUCCCACCCGCGAGAGGGCCCUGCUGUCGCCCUUCUGUGCUGCUGACGGCGUGCAGAAAAAGUAAACAAGCGAAUGUCUGAAUAAACAACUUCUCUCUGCUACACCCGCGCGGCAUGGGCAUUCCCGUAAGUGGAGCUUCCGGGUAUCUGAGUGCAGGACUUGCGAUUUUGCUGUCCCUCUUCCCCAUCAGCACGACGUCGGCCACAACUCCGACAACAACCCGAGACGGCGGGAUGUGUCGCAGCAAGUCGCUGUUGCUGGAGCCUCGUGCGUUUGAGCUGCACUCGUGCGCCUGGUGUUACCAGUACGCCGCACGCUCCGACAGCAUCCGCGCGCAUCCGACGCAGCCCUACCUCUACGUCAUCAACAACCGCACGUCACUUCCGUCCGACACUGCCGUGCUGGUGCCUGACGUCACCAACGCCAGCGACGUGAAGCGGGUGUGCAGCACCGUGCCCAGCGCCAUCUGCGAGCGGUGGCAAGAGUGCUGCCAUGCGGCGCGGAGGUGCUGUCAGCGGCAGCUGCAGGCGGGUCACCGGGUCAACGGCACGUGCGCACGCACGUGGGAUGGCUGGAGCUGCUGGGACGACACGCCGGCCGGGACGGUGGAGUAUGUCACGUGCCCGACCUUCUUCCGCUACCCUGUCCUGUCCAGUUACGGCAAGAAAACGUGCUUAGAGAACGGGACUUGGUUCAGCCGCUACCUGCCAGGUGCUAACGGCUCGCAGGGUCGGUUCGUGGAGUGGACCGACUACACAACAUGCAUCGACAAAAAGCAAAUGAUGACCUCGCUGUACCUGGCCCUGGGAUGUAACGCCUGCAGCAUCGUUUUCCUCAUUCCUUCGCUUUUGAUCUUCCUUCUCUACAGAUCCCUGCGGCGUCAACAUCGCAUCCGACUUCACAUCAAUUUCUUCGGGGCCCUCUUGCUAUCUAACAUCAUGUCCAUCCUCUGGGAUGUCGUCGUAACUCACGACCGCAUCACAAGCGACGCCAACGACUCUGUGCCUGUUAUGAAUGCUAAUGGGGUGGAUUGUAAGCUCCUUGCCUUCCUGCGCCUGUAUUUCAAGAGUACGACCUAUGUGUGGAUGUUUUGUGAGGGCUUCUACCUCCACAGACUCAUCAGCAACGCGUUCAGACCUCCCAAAUCCCUCGUUUUUCUCUACGCGUCUGGCUGGGGUGUUCCUCUCGUCUGCAGUGUCCUCUAUGUCAUCUUAAGAGUGAUAUACGCCAACGACGGUUGCUGGGCCAAGAGUUUCGGGAACUUGGAGUGGAUAAUAUACACACCUAAUCUUUUGUGUCUCUUUGUCAAUCUUUUCUUCUUAUGCAAUAUCCUGAGAGUAUUGCUGACACAGCUGCAGACACAUCCAAACGAGCCCAGCAACUUCAGGCGGGCGCUCAAAGCCACCUUCGUGUUGAUCCCGUUGUUCGGCGCCCAGCUGUUCGUCACGGUGUAUCGACUGCCCGCCGGUCAGCCUGGAGGAGCCGAGUACGAACAGUUCACUGCCUUCGUCACCAACUCCCAGGGAUUUUUCGUUGCUCUCAUCUUCUGCUUCUUCAACGGAGAGGUCAUCGCGCAGAUGAAACGCACGUGCGCGAGGCUGAACAUAUUGCGUGUGGGGACCGAGACGUCACGCGCCAACACGUACGCCACCAGCGUGCACAACCGUGACGACUCGCACGAGUCGGAGAACGGCGGCAACCACCUGGGCAUGCUCCACAACCACCACGACGGCAGCGGCGGUACCAAGAGCAUCAACGGCAAGCGCUACAGCGCCAUGGAAACGGCGGACCGGAAACACUCUUACAUCCCCAUGCAGACACGCAAGGUCAAGGGCGACCACACGUCGGUGUGAAGGGCGAGGGUCAAGGACGCCGGUGGGUCACAAGUUUGAAGACAUGGGAUUUUUUGUGAAGAGAUUUGGGGCUGCGGAACCCUCUUGUGCCAGAGAUCGAUACCGGGUGAAGUUACAGAGCUUUUUUUCACGUGUCGUGGCAGUUUGUGAUGUGAGCGGGAUGCUGUAGUACCGGACAUCAGUGUUUUCCUCUCAUUGUUAAAUGGCGCCGAGUAUUUUGAAUGGCCUACAAAGGAAUGUAGAGACUGUGGUUUGUUGAGGCUUUGGUCGUACAUCAUCAGGCAGGUGAUGCUAAGUAUGAUGUCGGCUCUCCAAGGAUGUUUGAGUACAUUUUUGUCCGGUUUUCUGUGCGGAGUUCAGCAAAGUCAAGCCCACCCACGAAUUGUCAAGGAUUUUUACCGAGACCUAUAGUUUUCUACUCUUUCAUUGCCUUGCCAGUCGACAGAAAUUUAAAAAAAAAUAAAAAAAAAUAAACUGUACACGGACUUUGAUCACAAGCCAAAACGGGGACAAUGAUGUCUUUUACACAAAAGACAAUUGGGAUCAGAGAUGAGAAACUAAACGUCCACAAGAGUGUAUUUUUUCUUAAUGACUGAGAUCACCUUGGUACAAAAUAUCUAGGUGAGUGCCACACUUCACCCAACAACAACAAACACAUAUACACACACCUCUUUAUCGAGAUACCAAUCUACAAACAUAACCAUACACAGAGGUAAAAAUACUACCGGUAAUAAUGUAAUGGAUACUCUUACACUGUGAAGACUACAGCCACUGGAAGAGGUGGACCCUAACUUGUACUCGUGAACUCUCGUGAUGUCACGAGUUUAACCUCGGGUGAGCCUUUAAUUUGAGUUCAUGUUGCGUCCAAGGCGAACUGAGGACAGGUAUGACUAUUUGCUUGUUGUCACCUGAUCUUUCCGUGACAGUGUUACCGAUGCUUGUGUGGAGGUCGCAUUCCUUAGCAAAAAUCAUUUCCAGACAUAUUUUUUCACACAUUGUAGUGUAGACUUGUGCAUUGUGGAAGCGUGUGUGAAGAAAAGUUUACAUACCGAUACAUCAGACGCUUGAGUGCACUAAGGUUGGGCUGUCCUCAAACCAGUGUUUGCACCUGUGGACUGAUUAAAGGUGUGCAUACCCUCGUAGAUGAAACACUGCUUUAGUGUCUCUAGCUCAGUGUCCACCUCCCUGUUUACACGGGUUGGCCAUGUUUGUCAUGGUGUUUGUGUCCAACACAGGUAUUGUUACUUUCUUCCCAAAUGACACGUUUCCUUUCUGUCACAACUAUCAUUAACGAUAGAAAACUGAAUUUGGUGUAUUAGUAUGUGCAUGUGUAUGCUUGCAUGAGUAUGUGCAUGUAUGUAUGUGUGUGUGUGAGACUGUUAACGAUGUUACAGCCUUGUUUACCGUGAUGUGUUGAUGUAAACGGCGGUCGUUUAUACGACGAAGAAUUGUUUUAUGGUGUUAAUUGUUGUCCAAUCUUUUUGUGUUACAUAAUAUUAUUGAAAUAUGUUUGUUACUUGAUGAUAAGAGAGUUUUUUCGGUAUUAAAAAAUCCACGGUCUUCAGUGAGAUGUUCUCCCGACAACCAUGGAAUGUUUCUUCAAAUAUCUUCUUUCUUGAUUCACUUCAGUGUUCAAUUGUCAUUACAUUAUUUGUUCAAAGACUUGUCGAUAAAAAAAAGUGUGAUAAAGGAUAAACAAUGAGUUGUAUAUGUAAGUACACCGGUGGAUUUUUCUAUGGACAUUAUGUGAAAGGAAAAGAGACUAUCACGGAGGAUACGCGGCUGGUUUGCCUGUGGUCUGAAAUCUUUGGAGGUGAGCUGGACUGGCCACAACAUGUGGUUUAGUUUAUAUUUACACAGAUCAAAGCGAUGUUCUCUUCACUGCUUUGUUUUGCUCAAGCUAUGUUUUCUUUUCUUUUUGCUCUUACCCUGGAAAUGCUGGAUGCUUCCCAAGAAUCCUUCGCUGUUAGAGGAUCUCAAUAAACAGAUUGCACGAACACCU